CACCCCAGUCCCGCCCCUCCCGCGCCCCCACACCCCUGCACCCCGGCAUCUCAGCCCCGCCCGGCAUCCCGGCCCCGCCCUACGUCUCGUCCCCGCCCUGCAUCCCGGCCCAGCCCGCAGCGCAGGGAGCGGUCUGCAGAGGCCGGGGUGCGCCGGCCACGAACCCCCAGGCGCCAGUGGCUGCCGCGGCCCGAGCAGCGCGGCGGGCAAACAUGGCCGCACUGACGACGGUUGUGGUAGCGGCUGCGGCCACCGCGGUAGCCGGGGCUGUGGCAGGGGCGGGCGCGGCCACCGGGACCGGCGUGGGAGCAACGCCGGCGCCUCCACAGAGUGAUGGCUGUUUUAGUACCUCAGGUGGAAUUCGUCCUUUUCAUCUUCAAAACUGGAAGCAGAAAGUUAAUCAGACUAAGAAAGCAGAAUUCAUACGCACAGCAGAAAAAUUUAAGAAUCAAGUAAUUAACAUGGAAAAAGAUAAACACAGUCAUUUCUACAACCAAAAAAGUGACUUCCGAAUUGAGCAUAGUAUGCUAGAAGAAUUGGAAAAUAAAUUAAUUAACAGCAGGAAAACAGAAAGAGCAAAAAUCCAGCAACAAUUGGCCAAAAUACAUAACAAUGUAAAGAAACUGCAGCAUCAGUUAAAAGAUGUGAAGCCUACACCUGAUUUUGUUGAGAAGCUCAGAGAAAUGAUGGAAGAAAUUGAAAAUGCAAUUAACACUUUUAAAGAAGAGCAGAGGUUGAUAUAUGAAGAGCUAAUUAAAGAAGAGAAGACAACUAAUAAUGAGUUGAGUGCCAUAUCAAGAAAAAUUGACACAUGGGCUUUGGGUAAUUCAGAAACAGAGAAAGCUUUCAGAGCAAUCUCAAGCAAAGUUCCUGUAGACAAAGUAACACCAAGUACUCUUCCAGAAGAGGUACUAGAUUUUGAAAAAUUCCUUCAGCAAACAGGAGGGCGACAAGGUGGCUGGGAUGAUUAUGAUCACCAGAACUUUGUGAAGGUGAGAAACAAACAUAAAGGGAAGCCAACAUUUAUGGAAGAAGUUCUAGAACACCUUCCUGGAAAAACACAAGAUGAAGUUCAACAGCAUGAGAAAUGGUAUCAAAAGUUUCUGGCUCUAGAAGAAAGAAAAAAAGAGUCAAUUCAGAGUUGGAAAACUAAAAAGCAGCAAAAAAGGGAGGAAAUUUUCAAGUUAAAGGAAAAGGCAAACAACACACCUAUGCUUUUUCAUAAUAAACAAGAAGAUAAUCAAAAGCAAAAAGAAGAACAAAGAAAGAAACAGAAAUUGGCAGUUGAAGCUUGGAAGAAACAGAAAAGUAUAGAAAUGUCAAUGAAAUAUGCUUCCCACUUAAAAGAAGAGGAAGAGAAAGAGAAAAAACGUCAGAAAGAACGCCAGCGCCAGUUUAAGUUAAAAUUACUACUAGAAAGUUAUACCCAGCAGAAGAAAGAACAGGAAGAAUUUUUGAGGCUUGAAAAGGAGAUAAGGGAAAAGGCAGAAAAGGCAGAAAAAAGGAAAACUGCUGCUGAUGAAAUUUCCAGAUUUCAAGAAAGAGAUUUACAUAAACUUGAAUUGAAAAUUCUAGAUAGACAGGCAAAGGAAGAUGAAAAGGCACAAAAACAAAGAAGACUGGCAAAAGUAAAAGAAAAGGUUGAAAACAAUGUUAGUAGAGAUCCCUCUAGGCUUUACAAACCCACGAAAGGUUGGGAGGAACGAACCAAAAAGAUAGGACCAACAGGCUCUGGGCCACUUCUACUUAUCCCACAUAGGGCUAUUCCAACCUGGAGACAAGGAAUACAGAGAAGAGUAUGAGAUAAUGAAAUUGCUAUUCUGUUGAUAAGAAUGUUAACAUACUAAGUUAUACCAGGGAGAAAGUGUGACUAACCGUGUUCUUUAAAUAUAUAUAGCCUAGUCAGAUUGAUUAUUGUGCUAUAUUGUGAAUUGAGAGGUAUUAAGCUUCAUGAGGCUUUGUCAUUAGUAUUCCUGCUUCUGCCACGAAGGUAUUUAAUAUAUGUGUUGGCCUAAUAUUGAUGUAAAAGUUAUUUAAUUAAGUUAAUGUUACAAACAUUAUUUAAUUUAAAUACUCAAAACAUUUCAAAGAGAUUUUGUUUUUGUCAUAGCAUAGCAAAAUAAAUUGGAACAAUCAUACAAUGACAUUUUUUAAACCAAAAUUUUGUAACUUUUGUAACUUGGAGUUAAGUUAGCUUGAGUAACAAAAAGGUAAAGUGGUUUUUGUUUAGAGUUCUGAAAUGUUAGUACUUUUUCUCUGUUUAACAAAUUGGCAGUUUGUCAGUUAUGACAUUUUUGUGUAAUAAAUAUUUUGUAUUUGAAGCAUGCUUUGUUUUGUAUAGAGAAUAUUUAUUUUAAAAAUGUCUCUCAUAUACCCUAUUAAUUGUAUUAUUGAUAUAAUCUUUUUGGUUUCCUUCAGCAAUCCCAAAUUUUCCUUCAGCCCUUCUGGAUUGCACACAUUUAUAAAAUCUUCGUGUCUUUCACAUC